UGCCCAACUGCCAUCGCUAUAAGCGACAUAAGCGUUCGCGCAUCGAGACGCGCGUCACUAACGCAAACGUAAAAUUCGUGGGCACGUAUACAUACGCGGUGUAUGAAAUUCGAAUUAAAAAAAGGAAACGAUCGUUUACGAACGAAUUCGCGAUCAGCAGAAGGAAGAGAAAAUUUAUUUUAAUUAAUGAGCAUUUUUCGGAUUUGAAAUGUGUAAAAUAAUAAUAAGAUCGACUCAAUUAUAGUCUCGUUGCUAAAGCAAAUAAUAAUAAUAUCAAAAAGCCGGUGCUGAUAACUGAAAGUAAAAAGAGAUUAAAUACAAUAAAAAUAAGUGAAGAAAUUCUUGUGGUGUUUUAGCGUGAAUGGAAUUCUGCUGAAAAGGGGGCAGCGGGCGGUUCCCGUUCUCACCGCGGCCCCUCUCGGUACUAACAGAGUGUAACAGAGUUCUCGUAGAUUCUCUCUCUCUUUUUGUCUUUCUCCCCGGACGGGCGAGCCUCUCUCCUCUUCCGUGAGUGCAAGUCCCACAAGCAACAAGUGUCAGAAGAGUUGAACGCGCACGCUCUUCUUUUUUUCUCUUUCAAAAGUUAUCAAUUCCCCCUAUUUAAAUCUCGCUCGAAAAUUCUAUUUUAUCGCGUGUUCUCGUGCGCGUGUGUUUGUGGAUGUGCUCGUGUAGUAAGUGGAUUCAAAAAACGUGCUGUACCGUGUAGGAAAAAAUGGGGUGUGCUGUAAGUACGACCGGUGAAAAAGCCGCCGCUGAGCGAUCCAAAAAGAUCGACAAGGACCUCCGAGCGGAUGGGGAACGAGCCGCCAGCGAGGUCAAGCUAUUGCUACUCGGAGCGGGAGAAUCAGGCAAAUCCACAAUAGUCAAGCAGAUGAAAAUAAUCCACGAAACUGGUUACAAUAAGGAAGAAUGUGAACAAUACAAACCUGUUGUAUAUAGCAAUACGAUACAGAGCCUCAUGACUAUUAUCAGAGCUAUGGGACAACUGAGAAUAGAUUUUGCCGAUCCUAACAAAGAGGACACAGCACGACAAUUCUUCACCCUAGCCUCGGCUGCAGAGGAGGGUGAGCUAACGGGGGAAUUGGCGCUAUUAAUGAAGAGAUUAUGGCAGGACGCCGGAGUCCAGCUUUGUUUUACACGCAGCAGAGAAUAUCAGCUCAAUGACUCGGCAGCGUAUUACCUAAAUGCAUUGGAUCGCAUAGUACAAACUAAUUACAUUCCCACUCAGCAGGACGUUUUGAGAACACGAGUUAAGACAACAGGCAUCGUCGAAUCUCAAUUCUCUUUCAAAGGGUUACAUUUCAAAAUGUUUGACGUCGGUGGUCAACGAUCCGAGCGCAAAAAAUGGAUUCACUGUUUCGAGGGUGUAACAGCAAUAAUAUUUUGUGUAGCGUUAAGCGGUUACGAUCUCGUACUCGCGGAAGACGAGGAAAUGAAUCGUAUGAUCGAAUCGAUGAAGCUCUUCGAUUCGAUUUGCAACAGCAAAUGGUUCGUCGAAACAUCGAUAAUAUUAUUUUUAAACAAGAAAGAUUUAUUCGAGGAGAAAAUAACGAGAAGUCCGCUCUCGAUAUGUUUCCCCGAGUACAAGGGUGGCAACACCUAUGACGAAUGCGCCAAUUACAUACAACGAAAAUUCGAAAAUCUCAACAAGCGAAAAGAUCAAAAACAGAUUUACACGCAUUUUACAUGCGCAACUGACACGUCCAACAUACAAUUCGUAUUCGACGCUGUUACGGACGUUAUUAUUAAGAAUAAUUUAAGUAAUUGUGGCCUUUUGAGUUGAAUGUUAAACUCAAAGAAAGACAAAACGAAAACAAUGUCCGCAUUAUUUGGACGAGGAUAAAAGACUUUCGGAGCGAUCUUUUUGGCUCGUUAACGAAUCGGUUAAACGUAAAGAUGAAAAAAUCCUCUUCUGUUCGUUAAGUGAAUCGACUUGUAUCUGUUUUUCAGUCAACUUUGUCUCGUUGCUCGUUGGAAUAUCCACGAAUAAUACGAAUCUUCGAGCACGAGAUAACAGAAAUCAAAGUAUUUCACGCGGUAUGGUUAAGCGAUACAACGAUAAAACAUAGCGAACGCGUAAUCCGAGAGCACAUUGUCCAAAUGAUAUUUCAAAUGCAAUUUAUAUUUAAACGAACAAACAUACGAAAAAUGAACACUCGUAAAAAGUUACUUAUACAAUUGUAACUGGAGUUUUUGUACUGACGAUAUUUUUAUAACUGCACCGAUUGUACUCUAAUUGUUAGAUAAUGACACACUUUCAUACGCAAUGGUGCAUUCUUGUAUAUAACUUGUUCGAAAACGUAAAGAAAAAAAACAGUUGAGACUUUCGAGUAUUAUUCGAACGAGGGGACCAAUUUUACUCGUGAUUUGUUUUUUGUACUUUUCUAUUUCGAAGCUCGUUUUUUUUUUUUAAAUAUACAAGUUUUACUCUCCCUAAUGUUCCAUGACAAACUGUUUCCACGAAGAUUAUUUUUUUACACCAAUCUGUACUUUCCUUGUAAUAUAUAAAGUGCCGAAUAGCGAAAAGAAAUAAUUGUUGCGAUGCUUCCAUAUUCUCAACGUUAAUGUAUUUUUAAAUCCACCAGCGAUUUGAGUUUUCAAGGUUACAGCACAAUCAACGAAUUCCAACAUUAUACUUGGAAUGAAUUUUUGGAAAUAUUGAUGAAAUUUAGGAAAAUCAUCGCAGUUAAAGUCGCAGCUAUCCAUUCCACCUGAAACGAGGCACGAUCAUUGUUCAAACUUUCAGCUCUAAACAAUGUUUCAAAAAGCGUGUUCGCGUGACGAUCGGUUUUAGGAAAUUUUUAGAAUCACUGUUGUUGAAAAUCUAUGACAGAUUACAGAACUACAAAUCAUUGUUUGUCAACAGCGCUGAUUGUGAGAGACAUAGCUCCGGGUUAUGCACUAUUCAUUUUAUUUUCAUUUCAGUAACAUAUAAUACACGUCAAAUUACACGUUGCGUUGAAAUUUCGCGUCAUAGUGGGUAUUUUCGGCAUAUAUAUAUAUAUAUAUAUAUAUUCAAUUGUUCUCACAACAAUGUUAUAAUUCAUUUUUCGAGUAUUUCGUUUCAGUUUCAUCGUACUAUCAUUUUUUCUUUUAUUACUUGCAAAUCCGACCGGCGUGGAUCACGAUUAUUUUCAUUAAAUACAUAUUUUUCGUUUACUGAUGCACGUAACGUUAAACGGGACUGCUCUAACACUAAAACGCGACUAAACGAACGGUCCUGCCGUUUAUGGACGUACAGAUGGUGACGUACGAGACCAAGCAUUAGUGAUCUAAAACUGAACUACAUACUGCAUUAUCUAUCGCAUGGCCUUUUGAUUCCUCUUCGCAUUCAUUCGCAUGCUUCUACGUUCUUUACUAACGAUCAAUCGAUGUCUAUCGAUGCAUCUUUUUUCUCAUUCGCCUACAAGUAUAGUCUUCUACAUAUUUACAGAAUUUUCGAUUCGACGCUUGAAAUUUGCAAAAUAAAUAUUUUCAUUUGACUCUCAUUUUCUUUCUCAGCAUUCAUAACAUUAUUAUAUCCGUUUAAUCAUUCCCGCAUUUAUUGAUUUCUCCGGCUUUCACCUCAAUAUUUUAAUACAAUCGGGACACGUCACUUUUCUGUCACGUACAAUAAGCUUACAAUGAUUGGUCAACAAUUGCUUACGCGGUUUGUUCUUGUUUUUAUCUUCAUCUUCCGAAUUAGAAUUCGAGACGUGGGUUCAGAGCUAUAAUUCAUAAAAGUAUACGAUCCCCGCUGUGGCCACGUUGAUUUUCGUAAAACAGCCACUUUUCAAACUCGCGACUAAGAUGCAACUAAAGAAAAUCUAACUAUCUAAAUUGAGCAAACGAAACAAAACGAAAACAAACGUAGCGACGGAAUUUAUAUAGAUUUUCUCGUAGGAACUCGCCUUUUAUUGAGAGGUACUGCGGACUCUUCACGAAUGAACUUUUGUUUUGAAAAAUUCAUGGAAUGUUGCUUUUGGCGAGUUUCAUACGACGACUCGACAAAUAUUAUUUGAUUACUCGUUGAUUGAUCAAUUAAUUCGUAAUAAACGAUUUGGGCUCCAAAAUAA